AUGCGCUUCCACAUCACGAGUCUUGUUGCCACCGCGGCACUUCUUCCACUGGCAAAGGCUGACUUUUACAUCUACGCCGUAGGAAUAUUCGGCAACGUAGACCCAGAAUCCCCGACUGCUAAUAUCCUAAACGGAUAUGGCUUCUUCAAUGGGCCGCCCAGCUGUGACGAUGUAAUCAACCACUACAUCUGGCAAAUUUCCAGCGAGGAUCUAAGCGGCGGAAGGUCAGGCGUCCGCUGCGAAGGCUGUAGUCUUGGAUAUGGAGGAGACGUCGAACCGACCGAGCUCGAAUGGAACAACGAGAUGGGACACUUCACGUGGUACCUCAACCGCAAUGGUGACUUCGUCGAUACGGACGACGUUGUGAAGGGGAACUGUGUCGUCGAUGGCUCGGACAGUUUUGACUGCGUUAUUCCCCCGGGCAUCACGCCUGACAAGGGUAUUUCUCAGCUCUUCUGUACUUCAGACUUGAAUGCCGACGCGGUCAACAAUUAG